ACAAAUGUAUGAUACGAUUUCGUUUAUCGACAGCGUAUAUUUCAUCCAACUGAUGUAGUCUGAUUCAAUAAUAAUUUAAUUUUCUUACUUAAUUGAUGUUUUUAUAAUCAAGAUUAGUAAAGUAAGAUUAGUUUUACAUUGUGUGCGUUAUUUUGAGGUUAGGUCAUGCUAGCUUGAGUGAGACAGAGCUGCAAGCUGCAACUAACGUUACGGGUUACACAGUAUUGGAAGUUUCUUGGCAUUGGCAAUUUUCAAUUUCAAAGAAUGGCUUCUGUAGAAAUCGCAGAUUCUACCAAUAAUGAGGAUGAGGCUCAAGAAAAUGUUGUCGAAUUAGAAGAAGAUUGGGGGGAGGAGUACAAUGAUGUUGUCAUGUUCCUCUGCGGCUUACAUCUAAAUGAAUACAUUGAGAUGUUCGUCAACCAGGGCAUCACGUUGGACAUUUUCCUGCACCUUAGUGAGGAGGAUCUUUGUCACAUUGGGAUGACAGACUCAAAACACAGAGCGACUCUGCUUGAGGGAGUUGCCAAGUUGAAGCAAAAUAAAACUAAAGCAGCUGAAGAAGUGCAGCUCGGAAAUUUGAGGUCGGAGGAGGUAAACGCAAUAUUGGCCAGCACUGUGAAGCACCUGACAGUGAUGCAUGCAGCGUUGGCACACCUGCGCCUGAACCUGCGAUCACCUGACGUUCACAACACCCUGGUCACUCUCACUCUCACUUCCGCAGAGUUACUGGAGACUUUGACUGCGGAGGCUGACAUCCAGGCACAGCUGUUACUCAACCAGAUCAAUGCUGUACUGCUUAAGAAACCUGGAGCUGUACAACCCGCUUCAAAACUUAAAUGGAAAACAUCACUUAUGACUAUGUCAAGUCUAGUAGUUGUUUUGGGGCUUACCGGUAUAUUCGUUGCUAAGAAGUUGUUUUGAGUCUUUUUUUUAUGUUUUACAACUGUGAUAUUUUGUAUUAAGUAAUUUUUACCUUAAAAUAAAGCAUAUAAAAAUGUCA